UUCAUUUAGUCUUUACUCUCCAUUAGAUUGUAGGUAGUGCAAAUAAUUAUGUUCAAUCAGAAGCAUUAAUGCUUCUGCGAUAGAUGUGUAGUAUUCUUCUGUGAGUACUGUUCAGUCAGACAUUGGAAAUUCUGUUACCGACUGGGCAACGAGGAAUUCCAGGCAAUAUAACUUGACUUUGGCGAAUGCAGUUUUUGGAAAUGAUCGACUAUGGAAGCAAACAUCACUUUCUUUAAAUUUAGAAGUGUGAAAGAUAUGAUUAAUUCUGACAUAUUAGAUUAUACUUAUUGUGAGAAUCACCUAGUUUUGGCUCUGUGAUUGGUUCAGAAGAGACAUGUAUCAUGGAAACAUCAGUGUGAUCGUGAGGAAAGCAUCCGCGUGGCGGUGGCCGGUGAGGGAAGCAUCAGUGGCGUGACUGUAGCGAGUGUCGUCACUGCCAAUGUGGCGGUGAUUCGAGCAUUAGUAUAGUUGAAUAGUGUCAUCAGUGAAGGUCGAGCAAGCAUCAGUCGAGGUUGAAGAAGCAUCAAUGAAGGUACAGAAAACAUUAGUGUGGUGAAGCAAGCAUCAGUGGAAGCGAAGUAAGCAUCCCAGAAGGCGAAGUAAGCAUGUCGAGCAGUCGCAGCAACUGCCGGCCGCAGCUUCUCUACUCGACUCUGCGAUCGCAGAGCGUCGAUGCAGAAGAAGAUCUGACGCCUAAUCCUGUUUCGGCAGCGGAACCUGCAGAGUCUGCACUGCUGAUGCUUUUGCAGCUACAGGAUGUGGAGGGCCUUGCGACAUUCCUGCAGAACGAUGCAACAGGAAUUAUUAACGCUCCUUUGCAGGAAGGGGACACAGCUCUGCACUUGGCAGCGAUGUCAGGCAGUGUGCCGCUGACACAAACGCUGUGUGCGUUCGGGUGUCAGCUGGACGUGGCGAACGCGCAAGGCCUCACCGCCCUCCACCUCGCCGUCAGACGUGGCCACACCGAGGUUGUCAGAUGCUUGUGUCUGGCGGGCUGUGCCGUGGACAUCAAGAGCAGAGACGGUAUACUUCCUGAGGUCAUGUCCAUGGCGCAGGGACACGACGACAUCACGGACCUCAUCACCAUUUGUAGAAACAGCUCGUAUCGGGAGGAGUACGUACGGCAGCUGGUGCCUGGGACCUCUCCGCUGCAGGCCGUGAAGGUGAAGCUGCUCGGCUUCUCAGGUGUGGGCAAAACGGAGCUCAGGAAAUGUCUGUCGGCCUCGAUGCUGUCCUCCUUGCUCUCCCUGAGGCUCACGGCGCACCCUGCGCACGACGUCAAAGAAAGCCGCCCUAAAGCCCUGGAUGAGAUGGAGCUGUCGCCUGCCUCGCCACCUUCCUCCCUGCAGUGGCAGCCUCAGGACCACUUCACCAGAGGCAUCGACGUGCAGCAGGUGAACAUGAGCGUAUGUGGCCACAUGUCGGUGUGGGAGUUCUCAGGACACCCGAGCUACCACUGCGUGUACGACCACUUCCUGGGCAGCAGCGACUGCGCCCACCUCAUCGUCUUCCCUCUGGACGUGCCCCUCGCGGCGCAGCUCCACCACUGCCGCCACUGGCUUGCGUUCCUACGCGCCCGCAUCGCGCCCCACGAGCCCCUGGAAGUGCCGAGGAUUAAAGUGACCGCCUCUUCUUCAGGCUGCUUCACGGUGGACGACUUCCAGAUGCGCUACCCGCACUGCGACGCCCUGGACCUCAUGACGCUGCUGGAGGCGCUGAGUCUCUGCACGCAGUGCGACAACGACGGCGACAUCGAGUACGAGUUCCCGCUGUUCAACUCCGUGGAGACGCUCGACGGCCUCUGGGACAAGACGGACCCGCGCUACUCGGACGCAGUCUACGGGGGCGUGCGCCUCAAGUCGCAGUAUCCCGACAUGAAGCAUCUCGCGCCCGUCUUCGCCAGAGUUCAGGUGCAGCUACGACGAUGCUGGCUGGAGUACGGCGCAGACCAGGACAGCGACUUGUACCAGUGGGGCGGCGGGUCUAAGUUCUGCUGCGGGCCCCUGGAAUGCCUGGCCAGCCUGGAGGAGGCGGGCGAGACCAUCGAGAUCAAAGUACGGGGGCCUCGCGCCGCCGCCUGCGCAACGUUCUUUUUCCUCGAGGACCUUCUCGCCAUCGUCGACCAGGUGCUGCUGGAGAUGUGCCCUGGUCUCGUGGUACACAAGCACAUCCUAAGCGGCAGUCAGCUGACGUCGCCGCUGACGAGCCUCGUCCACGCCUGGUCCCCCGCUGAGGUGUUCCUCGCAGCCCUCGAGGGAGGACCCGAGGCGCCGCUGCGCAACCCCUACACCGGCGCCUCUGAGACCUUCAGCAGCCUCGUGUGGCUGGACGCGCCCCAGGUGUGUAGCGUGAUGCUGACUGGCGCUGAGGUGUCAGUGUUACGGUUGUGCACGCUCAUCUUGCAGCAGUUGGCAGCCCUGCUGGACCCAUCCCAUCCGCGCGGAGCUGACUGGUGUGUGCUGGCCGUGCGCGUGGGCCUGGAGCAGCAGCUGCCUCAUCUGGAACUGAGCGGCAGCAGGCGACUGUCACCCACCAUAGCUGUACUGACGUCCUGGGCUGACGCUGCUCCUGACACUGCUACUGUAGGCGCGUUGAUCAGGCAGCUGCAGGAAAUGGGUCGCGAGGACGCAGCUGAGCUGCUCCUCAGCUCGGCGCCUCUGUACCACCUGACGUCCCGCGACACCGUCAGUGGGGCCUUGUCCCACGUUCUGGCCCCCGCACCGUCCCCAGCCCUUUCUUUGUCUCAGUCUCAGUCAUUGGACUUCGCCUUUUCUAUCCCGAAAGAAUUCCUAAGCUCCCCUAAAGAAGAAGAGGUUAGAAAUCGUCUACCGAUAUCCGUAUCGUCCGAUGACAAUGUUGGUAGUAAGAACAAGAGCCGCACUUUGGGCGAAUCUAAAAGGGCGUUCCAAAGACAGUCGACGAUCUCAUCAUCGGGCUCGUCUCUCGCAACUACGUCGUCCCGUAGACCUGAUUUGCUCUCCACAAAAGCUUCAAGUUCCGAGUCCCAAGCAUCGAGUCACAAGGGCUGGUCACUCCAGGAGUCCCUGUUUACCUCGGAUGAUCCCGGGACUCCCAACAAAGAUGACGCGUCACAGGACAGUCUCCCUAGACUUGCACACUCGGAGAGAAGCGUGUCUCCGUCUCUGUUUACUUUGGAAGAAGCGCCUCCUUCUCCUACGGCUUUCUCGUCCAUCCCAGCCACGUCGCAAUCUCCUCAAGUCUCGCCCUCGUUUAGUGCUGGCAAAAAUGACCCUUUGAAAAUACGUAUUGGCGGAGAUGCAAUGAACAUCACCGUGAACUUGGCAUCUAAUUCUACAGAGGCUCCUAAAUCAACACAGUGUUCGUUAAAUAGUGUUAAAAUCUCUUCAUCUUACACCAUACUAGAAAGUGGAGAUAAGAGAGCUAUAUCAUCUACCAAAGUGUCUCUAUUGGAUUUUAAAUCCACUGCCAAAGUGGAUUUGGUACAAACCGCUACCACUUCAUUCGAGGCUUCUACCACCACCAGCAUUGAUAGUUUACCGCAAGAGUAGUGGCCUUAUAAUAAUUCCUAGUCAAUUGUUUGUAAGUUUGUUAUCUUGCGAGUGUCUCGGUCAUUUUACUUUUAAUUAGAUUGUUAAUUAUAUUAUAUACGAUAAAACGAAUGUUUGUGAAUGUAAGAACAUACGUUCAUAGCAAAAACUCGUGUAUUCUUGUUAUAAAUUAAACUUUUAUUAUGCUUUAGUUCACAGUGCAUAAAGUUCAGCACCUCGUUUAUUCGUGUAGUCACACGUUGCGAGAUUUUGACCGACUUCUCGUCCAAGCUCGUCCUAUUUCACAUCCGUUCCUGGAGAUGCCAUUCGGCCUUUAUUCACAUUCUGUAAUAGAAUUGCUCACUGUAAUUUUGGGUAUAUUCCUGCAUUUCUGCACCCAAUUGUUAUUUUAUGGUGAAUUUAUGUAGUUUAUUUGCCUGAUGACACACUUGUUUGGUACAAUUUCCGUCGUAUUUUGCUCUACAACCGACGUGGACUGCAGUCUCACGUCUGUCGAAACACCAUUCGUCUUUCGUUUCUGCCGUUUUUUUUUAGCCGAAGUAAUUAUGUGACACGGAAUUAAAAGCUCAAUAGUUUUUUGUCACAAAUCAUAAGAAUGUUUAAGGUGUAAGAAUAUUAUUUAAGCGCGUCUCUCAUAUCAACCAACUGCUGCUCGGGCGGCUCGACUGCUCGCGCUCGUUCGUCCCACAGCAACUCGCGUCAUUGUUGUUCAUUGAUGCAGUCACUUCGCACACACUCCUAUUAACUCGUUUACGAAUAUAUCUUAAUUCCAUUUAUUGUUGAAAUAGCAUAUAAUACUGUCACCUUUAUACUAGUACUCAGUUGAAUAAAAUGCAAACUCGAAUAGUUUACCUAUCACUGCUCUCGGUCAGGAUACGAUCGAGCAUUUACAGUUCAAGCAUCGGGACUAAUAUGAAACUGUGAGGCGGCUGUGCUAUUUCAUUGUAUACUCGCUCGUCAAACUCUGAGACAAGUCUGUUCAAUGGCUUACGUCUACUUGGCCGUUUCAAUGACGAAGGAUUAAAAUCAGAAAAAGUAACAAGUAAAACAAAUUAUUGAACUACCUUUCGUUCAAAUUGUAUUUGAACCAGAUAAAAUAGUUCUAUUCUAUUCUAAUUACAGCGAUCUAUCCUAAAAUAGUUCUUUUCUAUUUUAAUUAAGCGAUGUCUUGCGUCUGAUCUAGUUAGUUCUAACCCAAGAAACGCUUCCAGAAUUUACUCAAAACUUGACAUUUUAAUGCGUAAUUCAAGCUCUUGUAAUUUUUUGUUAACGUCUUGAAAGUAUAACCAUCUCAGGCAGAAAUGUUUGUACGAUAAUAUUUUCAUUUAUUGAUUAUUUCUAUGUGCAACUUACGGUUCUUUUAACAAAGCACAAAUAUAUGAUGCACAUUCUAA